AUGCGAAGGACAGGUGCAUUGGCCCUCCUGGGUGUUCUCACCUGCAACACGCUUGCUGUCGCGGAGAGCUUGCCUCGAGGUGUUGGUCCCGAGUUUGCCAAGUUUUAUUCGAGCAAGUCAGUCUUUCCUUGCAUUAGUAACCCAUUCAUCACCCUCGAUCCAUCCCAAAUCAACGACAACUCGUGCGACUGCCCCGAUGGCUCAGAUGAGCCUGGCACAGCCGCCUGCUCGCACCUUGAUGCCCUCUCUCCCGAGCAGCCCCUCCCUGGAUCGGUAACCGGAACUACCAACACCACCAGCGCCCUACCGGGCUUCUGGUGCGUCAAUGCCGGUCACAUCGGUGCCUACGUACCGUUCAUGUACAUCAACGAUGGUGUGUGUGACUAUGGGCUCUGCUGCGAUGGUACCGACGAGUUCUCUCACGUCGGUGGGAUCCAAUGUGAGAACCGCUGCGCUGCCAUUGGAAAAGAAUACCGUCGUCUUGAGGAGGAGCGUAGGCAGAGCAAAGAGAGGUCGGCGAAAAGGAGGCGGACCCUCGCCAAGGAAGCUCGAGAGUUGCGCCGCAGGGUAGAAGCUAAGAUCGCUGCUCUAGAAUCGGAGCUUGAGGGUUUGGAGGCUAGGAAAAUAGAGCUCCAGAAGAGGUUUGAGGAUGUUGAACGUUCGGAGAAAAACAAAGUUGUCAAGACCGAGGGGCAAGCAGGGAAGCUCGGCAUUCUCGCCGGCCUUGCUAAAGCCCGUGUUGGGGAGCUGCGCAAUGCGUUGGACAAGCUGAUGGACCAGCGUGACGAUCUGCAAGACAGAGUCGAGCGCCUUGAAGAUAUCCUCGGCAAGUUCAAGGAGGAGUACAACCCCAAUUUCAACGACGAGGGUGUCAAGGCGGCGGUCAAGGGCUGGGAAGAUUACGCUGCAUCCCAGACCAGUCAGCAGAACCCUGACGACAUCUCCGAUUCAUACAUCAUAGAGCUGCUGAAGGAGGACGGAGAAUCAUCUGGCAUUAAUUGGGCUGAAUUCGAGUCCGAUGUUAGCGAUGUUGAUAUCGUAUACAACUGGGAAGCCUACCUCCCUGCUUCCGUCAAUGAUUUCAUCCGCGAAAAGAUCAACGUUUUGCGUCUCUGGGCCAUUGAAAACGGCAUUAUAGCGGACAACCGCGGCGGGAGUGGCGAGUCGCGGCUAGUCACGGCCGCCCGAGAUGCACUGGACGCUGUCAAAAGAGACAUCUCGUCUAAGACAUCAAGUGUAGACGAGCAAAACCGUGACCUGAACAAGGACUACGGCGCCGACGACAUUUUCCGCGCCCUCAAGGGCAAGUGCGUCAGCAACGACGUGGGCGAGUACGAAUAUGAGCUGUGCUGGAUGGAUCGCACGACGCAAAAGAGUAAAAAAGGGCACGGCAACACCAACAUGGGCAACUUUGUCCGGAUCGACCGGGAGCUGGCUGAUGAAGAGGUACGCGCUGAUGGCAAAAGCCUAGGCAAGGGUGAACGCAUGGUUCUACGUUACGAGAACGGUCAGGGCUGCUGGAACGGCCCCAACCGGCGGACAGACGUAUGGUUAACCUGCGCCGAGGCCGACGAGCUGUGGCGCGUGUCCGAGUCAGAAAAGUGCGUUUACAAGAUGGAGGUUGGUACCCCGGCCGCCUGUGAGGAUGUACAUGAGCCAGGCGUGGAUAUCAAGGACGAACUCUAG